AUCGUUUCCCAUCAGCUGCGCUAGACAUUUCAGAGGCGGGUUUAUUUCUUCAUCCCCGUCUUCUUACUCAUUCUCGUUUCAAUGGCGUCGGCGGAUGUUGAGUAUAGGUGUUUUGUUGGUGGCCUUGCUUGGGCUACCACCGAUCAGACGCUCGAGCGUGCCUUUUCACAAUACGGCAAAGUCAUCGAGUCGAAGAUUAUUAACGAUCGCGAGACUGGAAGGUCCAGAGGCUUCGGAUUCGUUACUUUCGAAGACGAGCAGUCGAUGAGAGAUGCGAUCGAAGGAAUGAACGGCCAGGAGCUCGACGGACGCAACAUAACCGUCAACGAGGCUCAAUCCCGCGGAAAUGGCGGUGGUGGCGGUGGCGGUGGUUUCCGUGGCCCUCGCCGUGAUGGUGGUGGAGGCGGUGGAUAUGGACGUCGUGAGGGCGGAUAUGGAGGCGGCGGCGGUGGAGGCGGUUAUGGACGCCGUGAGGGCGGCGGUGGAUAUGGAGGCGGUGGUGGCCGUGGAGGCGGCGGUUAUGGAGGCGAUCGUGGAUACAGAAGCGGUGGCGCUCCCGAUGGAAGCUGGAGGAGUUAAAACCAUGGUUUCCUCCUCCUGUAUCCGACUGAAUUUAGUUUUGCCUUUGUUUGGAUUUGAUUCCAAAUGUUGCUUAUUAGUCUUGUCGAUCUAUUUUUGGUCUCUCUCGUUCUCAAGUGCUUAGGGUUUCCGUUUGUUUGUUAUCUCAUGAAUCAGUCAGUCAAGUCUGUCAGUCUGUCUCUCUCUCUGUGUAUAAAUCAAUGUUUACAGAGUUCUGUGGAAUGAAGUAAAUUGAGAUUUCUACCAA